AUGGCAGGAGAAUCUGAAGAUAAUAAUACAUUUUCAUCACCAUCAAUACAUAGUAAUAAUGACAAUAAUAAUCAUCCAUCACAACCUACUAGUUCAGAAGAUGACAUAGAUCUUUUUGAUACUCAAAAUGGACUAAUUUUAAAGAAACGCAAAUUAUUAAUUGAUGAUAAAGUUUUACAACUACCUGUUAUAACACAAUCUAUAAUUGAACAAGAAAUAUCCAAAUCUGUGAUAGAUAAAUAUUGGACUCAAUUAAAUCCAGAUGCUACAAGAACUUUGGAAAAUAUAAUUGAAAUGGGUAUAAUAACAACUAUAAAACAAGAACACUUAACAAAAUCAUCAAACAAAUUUUUGAAUAAUCUAUGGUUAAAUAGUCAAAAUUCAAAAUCAUUUAAAUCAAAAUUGUCAGUAACUAAAUUACCACAUCCAAGAUCUCAAUUUACUAAAAAUGCAGAUAAUAGAACUAAUGAAAUUAAAGAUCCUUUAAAUUACGAUGAAAUUAUAUAUAAACGAAAAAUACUACAAAGUUAUUUAGAUGCUGAACAAAAACAAGUAGUUGAUUUAGAAUAUAAUUUAAAUGAAUUAGAUCAAAUAUAUUGGCAAGAUUUAAGAUAUUUAAAAAAUUAUCAAGAUGUAACUGGUAAAUUUGAAAGAGAGAUAAAUACAGAAAUAAGGAAUAAAUUAAAACAAUUGGAAUUUGAUGAAGAAGAAGUUGAACAACAAAAAGAUGAUAAAUUAAAAUUAAAUUUGAUAAAAUCUGAAACUACAAAAUUUGAUCCUGACAAAGAUCAAGAUAUAAAAGAAAUACUAAAUCAAUUGAGUUAUAAAUUAUCUGAUAUUUCAUCCAAUGUUGAAUCAUUAGUUGAAUUGAAUAAUAAAUUGGAAAUUUUAAAUAAUUUAUUAAAUUGA